AUGGAUUAUGCCGUAAAUGUGCGCCCGGCCAAGUCUGGCGAGGAGAGUUUGAUGAAUGAAUUCUGGGCAGGUGUCAACGGUGAUCUGUCUAUGUAUGACUACCACGCGUAUAUGAAGUUGGAUUCAGACUAUUUAAUGGUUGCAGCCGACAAGAACGACCAGCCAGUUGGCUUUGGUGCCGUCAGUAAAAAUACAUCCGAUACGGUUUAUCUUGGAAACUUCAUCGUCCGAGAAGACAUGCGGGGCAAAGGUAUUGGAAGGCAGAUUUGGGAUGCUAUGGUGAAAAGAGCCGGCGAUAUGAACAUUGCUCUCGAUAGCGAGCCUGAUAUGGUAGAAUGGUACAUGAAAAAGGGUUUCAAGUAUAGUUCCUUCAAAGUUACCUUUUACAAUGUAACACUAUCUGAGGAAAUGAAGAAGGGACAUACGCAAAACUGCGAAUGUAGGGAUGUAACAGAAGACCUUUGGCCUAUGCUGCUGGAUUAUGACAAACAGGUGUAUCCAACACUUGAUCGGGAGAGAAUUCUACGGGCUUGGUUCAGUGUGGACGGCGUGAGGGUUGUGGUGGCGUUGCGUGGUAACCAGGUAGUGGGGUAUGGAAGCAUACAUAAGAAGCCGAACAGACAAUACGGUUUACGAAAUGUGUUUGCAAAUGACGAAACAGUCGUUGAAACAUUGCUUAUGGAGCUGUUCAAUGGUAUUCCUGUAGGCUAUGUUGUACGGUUUAUGAAGGUCGACGACAAGCCGAUGCCGAAGUACAUUGAACACAGCGUGGACAUGGCCGACUCUGCUCUUCGAAUGUACAAUAAAUUUCUGAUUGAGACCAGAACUGACAAAAUGUGGUUUGCAUCUGCACAUAUCAUUUGACAAUAUAUAGAAAGGGGCUUUGCUGCGUUAUACAUUGGAUAAUUCCAUGGAAAAUAUUUGUAUAACUAUUAUUUUGACUUCGGUACCAACGAAAUUGAAGACAAAAUCAGAAAACUCGCUCGAAAGUAUGGAGGCACAUAUCAAACAUAAAUUUAUCCUUUCAUGACCAUGACAUUGUCAUCAAUAUGAGAAAAGGAGGGUAAAACAGGCAAUUGAUUGAUAGUUUUUGCAGGACAAAAUAAAACCACAUUAUACAUGUGCAACGUUC